AUGUCCGAAGAAGAUAAUUUUUCCUAUGAGCUUUCUUCAGAUGACGGCCAUUCUGUACCUUUACUAAGUGACCCUCCAAAGAUUAUUGAACUUGGAACUUCAUCGUCCAUAUGUGGAAAAUUCAGAAUUAUCUGUCAACAGUGCAAAUUCUUCGUGGCAAGAAAAAUGAAGUGUAAAUCAAUUAAAAGUAAUUUAAUCAAGCUACUGUUGGGUUCCAUGUUCUUUUUCCUUUUUUUCACCCAUAAAAACAAUGUCAAAUCUUAUUACUAUACAAGCACGGCUCUAAAGACAGUACGUAAUAAGAAAGAUUUACUGAAAAUUGAUAUAACAAAUCAGUUACGUUAUAAAGAUCUAUCGAGAACCCCAAUUACACCUGAUAUUUUACAUUAUAAUUUUACAGCUGUCAAUGUCACUGGUUUCGUUUCCAAUUUGCAAUUAGAGAAAACAGCGAACAGUGAGGUAAAUUCAAAUGGUAUUAUACCUGAAGCUUCAUAUCAUCAAGAAUACGAUUCUUUAGUCAGUUGUAAUGAUCUUCAAUAUAAUAAUAUUAUGGAAUUGUCACGAUGGAAUAUUUUGUUACCAGAUGAUUUGGUCGCGUUAAGAAGAGAACUUACUAAUGAUAAAACUAAAUUGAGCAAAGAACUUGAGGAUGAUAAUGAAAAAAUGAUGAGUGAAACCGAAAUCAUUGGUAAAAAUUGGUUAAGGUUUGGAGGUGCUGCUGUAUGGUUAGAAAGCGAGCUAUGCUUUGUCGUAUACACUAGAGUAAUCUAUUCCCCAGAAGGUUUCAAAGGAGCAGCUAAACUCUCUUUAGUUAGAGCACAAGCUUUUGAUAAAGAUUGGAAUGAAAUAAAAGGUAAACGUAUACCAUUCAGUGAUGUUCCAAUUCCAAAGGAAGUAACAAAGGAGUUAUCCAAUUUAGAAAAGAAUUUAGAUUAUUCAACUUGUGAUAACUUGAAAAUUUCUGAUAGAGAAUAUUAUAAUGACUGUAUUGUUCAAAUAACAAAGAAAAAAUUAAAAUUCCAACAAAGAUAUGAUGAACUACUAUCAAGAUAUUAUUUGACUUACCCUUCUGUAAUCAAUAUACCACUGGAUCUUAAUGGAUAUUUCAAUGGACCAGAAGAUCCUCACGUUAUCUUGAGAAAAAAUGACAAAUAUGAAGAACCCAUCAUUAUUUUCAAUAUGCAGGACAAUGACGAAGAUAAAAGAAGAAUUUAUGCAUUUCAUCCGCAUAGGAAAAUUGAUGCAUUGGUGAAAUUUUCAAUUGAAGGUCGUAAAUUAAGAGAUAAAGAAAAAAAUUGGGCACCAUUUUUCCCAUACCAUGAUGAAAAUAAGGAUAGCGUUUUUUCUAGAGGUUUUAUUUAUUUUAUCUAUACAUAUGCGCCAUUAGAAAUUGUAAAAUGUUCAUUAAAUGACGGUAUAUGUGAAAUGGUAUUUGAAGCCGCUACCAUUGAAGCCUCUGGUGAAAACGCGUAUGAUGAUAUGAGAGGUGGCACACAAUUUGUUAAAUUACCUGCUGAUAUCCCUCAAGUUGAAGGUAAGCAAAUGUGGCUCGGCUUUCCCAAAUCUCACUCCUCUGGUUGUGGUUGCGGAAGUACUUACUAUAGGCCAAUGCUAAGUUUAUUAAUAGAGACCCACGGAGCUUAUCAUCUAGAAUUAAUGGUUCCAACUAUGGACUUCGAGAGAGAUGUUCUGUCUUGGGAUUUGAAAGGAACUUAUUGUGAGGGUGUUAGUAUAAUGAGUCCAAAUUCGAUAGCCUACUGGGAAGUCGUUGAUCAGGACGUAGAAAAUGAGAAAUUUGAGGAUUAUUUGGGCUUCACGUUCAGUGAAUCCGAUGCUACUUCUAAAGUGGUUGUUUUGAGGAACGUUUUGAAUUAUAUUUUGGAGAUUUAUAAGGAAAAGAGAAUAAGAGACCAGUUUGAGAUUAGUAAAGAGUCUGAUAGCAUUAUUAGAAACACAUUAAAGUGUGUGAAGGAUAAACAAUGGGAUGACUGUACGAAAUAUGGUGUGACCCAACAAAAAAAACUGAUCGUAGUAAAAAUAUCAUUGUUCAUGUUCAGAUAUUGUAACCAUUAA